AUGCCUUUUAUUGGACGUGAUUGGCGAGCUCCCGGUGAAACAUGGGUACGUACACCUCAUACAAAUGGAUGGGAAAGGACUAAAUUAAGACCAGUUCAGGUUAGUUAUUUCUUUUUAACAUCAAAAAUAAUUGAAAGUGAAGUAAAUUUGUAUUUUCUUCUUCUUCUUCUUCUUCACUUUAUUUUUCAAUUUGCUCACUUCUUCUCAAAUUUCAAUUUUUAGAUGGCAUCUGACCCAAUUAGUAUCCCACAACCAAGUUCGGGAAGUCCUUGCUCAUCUCCAAAACUACUUUAUGAUUCGGAUCAAAAUUCGUCUUGUGGCUCUUUGCCAGGAAGUGUUGAGGGAAGAUGUAGCAGCAGUUCAGAUGAUUCUGGUGAGUGUUUGUUUCUAUAGAAACCAGACGGAAAGGAUUAGGGAAAAGGGGGAAAGGAUAAUUAAGUAUGCCCUACCUAUUAGAGACAUUUUAAAACGGAAGAAUUAAGAAAAAAGACCAAAGAGUUAGCCGAACUUGUUUAAUUGUUUAUAUUUCAGAUUCAAACGACAAAGAUUGGAUCCCACAUUGUUUUGUCAAAUCAACAUCAAAAGAAUUUAUCGGUUGUACAAGUAUGAGUGAAGCAUUUCAUAGAUUGGACCUUGCUCGUGCUGUAAACGAUGUUCGCCGUUUCAAUUUUAUAUGCAAAGUUGUUCAAAUUCUAGUCGAAGAAAAAUUGCCAAAUUUAUCUGCCACAGCUCGAAAAUCGCUUCUUUCAAUUCUGAUUGCAAUUUGUUUUCGAUCAUCAACUGAAGAUGUUCAUAUUAGUACAGCAAAAGAACUUGUAAAACAAUUCGGAAAUGGUUUAGAUAGUGUAUAUACAUGCGGGUCACCUCAAUUAAUCUCAAAACAUCAUCAAACUGCUAGUUCACUGUUGGAUUUGAUCUCGGAAACUAAUGUACAAACUGUUGCUGAUGAUAUGGCUGACGAAAAUUCGAUGACAUUUUUCGAUCUUCCAAGAGAAGUUGUAUUAUUGAUUCUUCGAAGACUUCCUGAUCAUCGUGCACUUCUUGAAACUGCACAAGUUCACGAAGCACUCCAAGAAAUGAUUGAUGGAGAAGAUCGAAUUUGGAAAUCACUUUGUACUUUCCAUUUCCAAGAGAAUCAGGUAAAAUUUACCAUUUCAUUAGCUCAAUUAUUUAUGCCUUCUUUUUCAGAUAAAAAACUCAAAAACGGGUAACAAAACAUGGCGUCAAACAUUUUUCGACCUCAAAAAAUAUCAUGGAUGUCGCGAAUUAUACGCUGAUCUCAUUCAUAUCUGUUGUCAUUGCAAAGCAUUAUUCUGGAAAUCACUUGGCCAUCCAUGUAUUCGAGAGAAUGCUCCAUCUGUACGUGUAACACCGCGUCAAUUUGUCGAUAUGUUGAUUUAUUUGUGA